AUGAGGGUUUUUUUCUUCUUCAAUACCAAAGACAUCCUGGUGAUGCUGAGUGACAUGGACAUCAACGCCAUCGCAGGAACGCUUAAGCUGUAUUUCAGGGAGCUGCCGGAGCCUCUUCUCACAGACCGUCUCUACCCAGCCUUUAUGGAGGGCAUAGCUCUCUCAGACCCUGCAGCCAAGGAAAACUGCAUGAUGCAGUUUUGUGUUCAAAAACAUUUACUCCAAUAUUUAUGCAAUGUAUUAAACUUGGAAGAGAAAUGCUUCUCAAAUCGGUUCCAAAAUGUAAAUUAUAUUGCUGUCCAGGUGUUGCUCUACUACCUGCAGCAUCCUCCGAUCUCCUUCGCCGAACUCAAGCGCAACACGCUCUACUUCUCCACUGACGUCUAAAAAAAGCCGCCACCCCGCCGGGGGCUUCACCCGGACCGCGAGGGUGACACAGAGCGACUCCAUCCAGACCUCGGACCCCACCACCCAGCGCUCCAGCCUAAGCUCUGCUCCCAGCAGACCGCUCGUCUCUGCUGCCGUCCCUCGCUUCUCCCAUCUGAAGAGGAAGUCGAAACGGUUUUGCGGCAGCAACGCGACCGGCCUCUGUGGGAGCACACCGGGAAAUGUUCAGACGAGUGUC